AUGCCACCUUUCCUUCUCCUCCUUCUCUUCGCCUCUUCUUUCAUUCACGGACACGCACAAUCUCCACCCCAAACCCAAGGUUUCAUCUCCAUGUUAAUCACCCAAAACGGCCUUGAUUUCGUGAAAAACCUUCUCGUGGAAAAGGCUAUUUCCUCUAUAGUUUCACUCCGAUUGCCGAAUAUUGAUAAGGGUGCAAAGAUUCCGUUUUUGGGUAAUGUUUACUUGCUGCUUUCUGAUGUGAUUAUUUAUCAAAUUGAUGUUGCUUCAUCGGUUGUUAAGCCGGGAGAGAGUGGGAUUUUGAUUGUUGCUUCUGGGGUUAGGUGUAAUUUGAGUAUGAAUUGGUAUUAUGCUUAUAGUACUUGGAUUGGUCCUGUUGAGAUUUCUGAUCGAGGUUUAGCACAUGUUCAGGUCGAAGGAAUGGAAGUUGAACUUUCGUUGGGAUUAGAGAACCAAGAAGGAUCUUUGGAUCUCAAACUUAAGAACUGUAACUCUUCUGUUAAAGAUAUUUCAAUAAAAUUGGAUGGAGGUGCAUCUUGGCUUUAUCAAGGGAUUAUUGAUGCUUUUGAAGGGAAUAUUGGAUCAGCAGUAGAAAAUGCUAUCACGAAGAAACUUGGAAAAGGGAUUUCAAAGCUCGACUCGUAUUUGAAAAGUCUUCCAAAGGAAGUUCCGGUCGACGAUCACUCUUCUUUGAAUGUAACUAUUAUCAACGAUGUUUUACUAAGUGAGUCGUCCGUUGGAUUUGAAACCAACGGGUUAUUUAUUCAAAGAAAAGAUUUCGUACAUAUUCCUAACCUCUUACACAAGAACUCGAAACUUCCAAUUCUAUGCACAAAUUCAUCGAAAAUGCUAGCAAUCACUUUAGAUGAGGCUGUUUUCAACUCGGCAUCAGCCCUGUAUUAUGAUGCAAAAUUUAUGCAUUGGAUUGUGGACCAAGUACCAGAUCAAUCUGUAUUGAACACUGCUGGAUGGAGAUUUAUUAUUCCUCAACUGUACAAGAAAUAUCCAAAUCAUCGAAUGAACUUGAAUAUAUCUUUGUCUUCUCCUCCGGCUGUGGAGAUUUCAAAUCAGAAAGCUGGUGUGCACGUAUUCGCGGACUUAACAAUUGAUGUUUUGGAAGAAGAUGAAGUAAUACCAGUAGCAUGUAUCUCAUUGAUGAUUCAAGCUUCGGGUUUGGUCAAAAUAAACGGAAACAACCUUGUAGGUACCAUAAGAUUGGAUGACUUUGGAAUGUCGUUGAAAUGGAGCAACAUAGGCAAUCUACGAAUGUUCCUUAUUCAGCCAGCUAUGUGGACGAUUAUUGAAACGGUCUUUUUGCCGUAUGCGAAUUCACAUCUAAGUAAAGGGUUACCUCUGCCGAUUAUUCAUGGUUUUACCUUACAAGAUGCAGAGAUAAUCUUGUCGACAUCGAAAGUUGGAGUUUGUAGUGAUGUAUCAUUUGCAGAAUCAAACAAGCAUUACUUACAAUUCAUCAUGUAG